UCAUGUUACAAUGAGUGCCCUAUCCUUGGCACUUAAAAGUACCUGCAAAUGUCCCAUGGUGUUUGCCCAAAGAAUAGCUGUUCCUUGCCACAGGCAAAAAGUCAACAGGAGGUUUGCCCAUCAGCAGAAAUAUGUCCCCCGCCGUGCAAUGCUCUAUGUUCCUGGAGACUCUGAGAAGAAAAUUCACAAAAUCAGCACUUUAGAUGUUGACUGUGCAGUCAUGGAUUGCGAGGAUGGGGUGGCACUCAAUAAAAAGAAAGAAGCGCGAGAAACCAUUGCAUCAGUGUUGUCAGAAGGAAAAUAUGAUUUUGGCAGAACAGAGCGUGGAGUGCGCUGCAAUCAAGUAACAAGUGGUUUUGCUGAGGAUGAUUUUAAAGUCUUGUUUGGUGCCAAAGUUGUACCAGACCUACUGUUGGUUCCAAAAGUAGAUACUGUUGAUGAAAUGGAGUGGAUUGCAGAUAAGUUGAAAGUCUACCUAGGAGAAAGGCAAAUGGGUGCCCCUCUUAAUUUAAUCUUCCAAAUAGAAAGUGCUAUAGGACUAAUCAAUCUCCACCAGAUAAUUCUCAAAGGAUUGGAAAAGUCAGAAGAUGGGGUAUUUCAUUUGACAGGAAUCAUGUUUGGGUCUGAUGAUUUCUGUGCAAAUAUUGGUGCUAGCCGCACACUAGAUGCUUAUGAACUGACAUAUGUCAGACAGAAGAUAGUUGUACAUGCAAAAGCAUAUAAUUUACAAGCAAUAGAUAUGGUUCAAAUUAAUUUUAAAGAUCUUAAUGCCCUACGAGAACAGUCAUUGCAAGGAUCUCGUAUGGGAUUUACUGGGAAACAAGUGAUCCAUCCUAACCAAGUGGCAGUGGUACAGACAGCAUUUUCUCCCAGUGAGGAGCAGAUUCAGUGGGCAACAGAGAUGAUAGAGGCAUUUAAUGAGCACCAGAAAUCCGGAAAGGGUGCCUUUGUGUUCCGUGGAGUUAUGAUAGACAUGCCCAGUGUGUUACAAGCCAGGAAUAUCGUACAACUUGUUCAAGAACUGGACUUGAUUCCACCUAAACAAAUUUGAUUGUUAUGAAUUUUAAUGAGAUUAUUUGUAUUAGGUUAUUUAUUGUGUAGCUUGUUGGUUGCAAGGAUUGUUAAAGAUACAGCACAAAUUGGUGGGCUCAAAUUGUUACAUUAUUUGGCAGAAAAAUAUAGUUUGUUGUACAUUUAAAUCUGUUGUUGGACACAGUGUCAAGUUGGAUCAUACUUGAUGGCCCCCCAAGUUCUUUUCCUGAAUGUAUUCUGGUCACAUAAAUUUCAGAAACUGAUGACAAAACUGGCAGGUGACAAACAUUAAAGUCCAGUUUCAUGUUCUGGACAUUACCAAUAAUCACAGUCCAGACUUCCUUUGGGAUGCUCUGUUCAUUUAUGAAUGACUUCCUCACCUACCAAUAUAAAGCAUUUGUUUCUUUUGAGAAGGGAAAGAUUGAGAUGCAAUGGUGUUAAUAAAGACAGUAGGGCUAUAUACAUAACUAGCUAUCAUAUGGUAAUUUAUUUUGUCAUUAACAUGCUUAUACUAAUCUCCAUCGAGUGGUGUGGGUAACCUCACAACUCCAGUGAAAUCUGUUAAUACUACAUGUUCUUGUGAAAGGAAUGUCAUAUCAUUGUAAAAAGCAUUAAAUAUUUGAAUCCGAAAAAGGUUUAGAAUGUAAACAAGUCUAUAUUUUGUUUAGUUUGAAGAUUGUUAAUUUUAAUAGACUUUUAAAAACUUUGUAAGAAUAAAAUUUGAAAGAGCACAAAUUAGGUAGAGGAUUAAUAUUCAUGGUGGAUAUGGACAAGGGUCCCCCUCGCACACACACACACACACACACACACACACACACACACACACACUAUAAAGAUGAGGGAGAGAGAACUAGUAGGCACGAGGCUGAGAUUAUAAGCCUAGGUAUGGAUGUUUUCAGCAUUUACACUUGUCAUUUAAUCUCUAAAUAUGGGAGCAGCAGUAGCAUUAUAAGUAUUUUAAGCUCAAAAGUUUAAAUUGGACUUAUCCACAAGUACAUCAAAUGCUCUCAUGUCUUUUUUCCUCAACUGCAGUGUUCUCUUGCAUUGAACAGUAAUGAAUAUUGUGUUUCAAACCUAGGCCCAAGGGAUUUGCUAUCAUACAAAGUACUUAAAAUAUAAUAGCUUGGUAUUGCUUUGGCGCUGUGACAGUUUAAGUCUGGCUCUUAGUACAAAUCCAGCUGCCAUCACGCUUAACAUUGUUAUGGAGACAUUUAUUCAAUUUCAAAGGCAAUUAAUCAGCUGUAACCUCUUUUUUUCAAGUAACUGUUGCUCUCACUUUACAUAUAGAUUAAAUGUGAGAUGCUAUAUGGAAGCUAUUCAGGCUGUGACAACAUUUGUUAAGAG